AUGGAGUUUAAAUCGAAUCUGAAGGGAAAAGUUUUAAAUAAUCAGACACGGGAAGUGAUAGCAGACGUGAUUCAUUUCAUGAGAAAUGAAGCGAAAAACAAUGAACCGUGUAGAGAUUUGAAAAAAGUGCAGGAACGUGUGGUAUUGGCAACAGGUGUUAGUUUAAGCAGCGUUCAAAAAAUUGCUCGGGAAAUGCAAUUAAUUGAAGAUGGCGAAUGUUCCUCAUUUGUAACUCCAAACAAAAAGAGAAAAAAAACCGCUUCAAAAACGUGCUUGGACGAUUUCGAUAUAGGGCGUCUUCGACGUUAUAUAAUGGAUUUUUGUAUAACACAAAAACAAGUGCCAACUCUGAAACGCAUACACAGAACAUUUGCAGAGGAGUACAACUACUCGGGUUCCAUAGAAAGCCUACGAAAAGUAAUUAGAAAGAUGGGAUUUCGUUGGCGAAAAACCAGAACUAAUAGAAAAUUAUUAAUGGAAAAGCCCAAUAUUCAACAUCUUAGACUGAAUUUCUUACGUAGUAUGAAACGUUAUAGGAACGCAAAUCGGCCAAUUAUAUACAUGGAUGAAACAUACGUCCAUUCAUCUCAUACCUACCAAAAGAGCUGGUCUGAUAGUUCAAACAAGGGCAUACAAAAACCAGUAUCUAAAGGACAGAUGCUUGUGAUAGUGCAUGCUGGAGGUGAAAGUGGUUUUGUUAAAAACGCUUAUCUGCGCUACAAACCUACUAUAAAAACAGGAGACUAUCAUGAUUCAAUGAACUACGACAAUUACAAAAAGUGGCUUCAGGAGAAACUAAUACCAAAUUUGCCCCCGAACAGCGUUUUAGUGAUUGAUAAUGCACCGUAUCACAACGUACAAAUUGAGAAAUGUCCAACUAUGUCUUCCAGGAAAGCAGAAAUGCAGCAGUGGCUGACAACUCGAAAUAUUUCCUUUACAGAUGACAUGUUGAAAUUUGAACUAUACGACAUUAUAAAAUUACACAAACCUCGGUUUAAAACCUAUGAAAUUGACAAAGUACUCGAGGAAAAAGGACAUUCAGUUUUACGGUUACCCCCGUAUCAUCCGGAUUUGAAUCCUAUAGAGUUAGUAUGGGCUUCUAUGAAGCAAUAUGUUGCUGAAAAGAAUGUCAGUUUUGAUUUUAAAUUAGUGGAAAGUUUGUGUGAUGAAUUUUUUAAUUCGUUUUCAGUCGAACAAUGGAAAAAGAGGUGUGAGCAUGUGAAAAAAAUAGAACAAAGUUAUACGGCACAACAGCCAGCUUUUGACACCGUGGUGGAUCAAAUAAUUAUAAAUGUAGGUGUCGAUAGUGACAGUGAUUGUGAAAAUGACUGGAUAGACUCUGAUUCUGAGUCAGAUGAUUCAUAA